AUGGCGACGUCCGAAUAUAUCGAUCGACUCCAUCAGUUUUUACUUUCGAACUGGUUCAACAAUUUUAAUUGGCGUACCAACUCCGCUCUGUAUUACUCGCCUGAUCUGUUGAACUCCAUAAGCGCUCGUGAUAUCUGCUUCCCUAUUAACGGAGGUCGUGCGCAUACCCCACAUUUUUGUCAAGAAUUAUGGACAAAUCUCAAUCGCUCUUGUGCUCCUUUGGAUACUAGCAGUAGAGCUGCGGGGUUAUUGAACGUUCACACGAUGACACGCUUACGUGAUGAUCAAGCGCGGUUCCCAAAUAUGACAGUGGAUUUGACGUUUCUAGAGAGUAAAGAGUACGUGCAAGUGUGUCGUGGUGGGCUCUCUUUUACAGGAUUUCGAAGAUCCGAUGUUAGUACUAUCAUCCGAGCUCGAGACUGUACCUCCUCUGACUAUGAGACGGUCUUUGUGAAAGAUUAUCGCUACGAAACUGGGUUGGCAAUUGUACUUCUGGUUUCGUGGAAAUUGGCUUAA